UUUUCACGUUUAAACUCAACUUUUUGUAUAAACAGAAUUGUAAAAUCCAAAAACAACUUUUUAAUCACGUCACAAUUAUCUAAAGAGAAACUGUCACGGCCAUUUGAAAAAUCAACCGAGAGUUUUCUUAUUAGCUGCGGGGUGGCCGGGUGGGUUUUAUUUUGAAAUGUAAUAUAAAAUUAGUAUUGAGGACGCCCUAACAGUGUGAUGAAGUUUCAUGCGAUGAAAUUGUUUGUUUUGAUGUGUUUAGUUAUACGCUGGCAAAUACUUAUAUGAACUCUUUUAAGAUUUUAAAGUUCGUAAUUUUCCAGUUUGUUGAUCCCGUUGAACUAUGGUUAUACUAAAAUAUCUGAUAUCAAAACUUUGUCGUACGGUGUAGAUAUCUGUUAUCGAAAACCACCAAUUUAACUAUGUUAAAUGAACGAACCUCGAACUAGGCUAGAUAAAUAUCGAACGCAAGUUAUCCUAUGUAAUUUACUCAAUUUUAUCUGAUCUUGCUAUUAGUUAUUGAUAUAGAAAUACGUUCAAAAAAUAUCACAAUGACGAAUCCUCGAAUAAAUUGGGGAGAAUUGUUCCCAAGCAAGAAGAGUGUCUUCAUCUUCAUCGGUUAUAUGUCACUUUUCGUAAGCCAAGGAAUUCUAGUGACAGCAUCGCAACGUGCCGAUAACAGUUACAGCUACAACACAGUACUUGUUGUAUUAUUGACGGAGGUAUUGAAAUUAGUCAUAUCUACCACUUUGUAUUGCAGGGAGAACUCUUUCAAAUCCCUCGUUAUCAAAGUCGUCGAAGAAAGCGAAGUUUUGUUGCUAUAUUUUGUUCCUGCGUUUCUGUAUUGUUUGUACAACAAUCUUGCAUUCGUUAAUCUGUCUACGUUUGAUCCGACUACUUAUUACUUGCUGCUACAGCUACGGGUCGUAAUCACUGGAGUUCUCUUCCAGGUGAUAUUCAAAAAAUAUCUCAGUAGAAAGCAAUGGUUCUCGUUGUGCCUACUUACCUUAGGAUGUAUGUUGAAACAAUGGAACUUCUCUCUGUCGACUUCGGAUGAAUCAAGGGAAACAACUGCGGGCGGCGAUAGAAGCACCUUUCAUGGGAAAAAUAUCUCCGGUUUCGAUCUCAGUUUUAGUGCCGUGUUGAUUUUGGUGCAAACAAUAUGCUCCUGUCUGGCCGGUGUUUACAACGAAUACUUGUUGAAACGCAAAGGUUCCGAUAUCAAUAUCUACGUUCAGAAUGUAUUUAUGUACGUUGAUUCGAUCGUAUGUAAUCUGCUGAUAUUGAUGUUUCGAGGGGAACUUUCUGCUGUCGUCACCCAGGAACAUCUGGUUGAGGUGUUCCGCUUCGAGGUCCUCGUGAUACUGAUCAACAACGCCGCUAUCGGCAUCAUAACAAGUUUUUUCUUGAAGUAUCUGAACUCGAUCCUGAAGACCUUCGCCAGUGCGUUGGAACUGAUGUUCACUGCAAUAUUGUGCUAUCUACUGUUUGCCAUACCGGUGUACUUGAAUACUGUACUUGCGAUCGGGGUUGUGUCGUACGCAAUCUAUCUCUACUCUCUCAACCCUGUAGUUAAUCUUGCCAACAAGCCUGGUACUAGCAGUUCCAGCGGGAAAGACGAAUCGCGGAAGGCUUUGAUGCGUAACAAUAGUGAUGAAGACGACAUAGAUCUUCAGAUGGAAGAAGUUUAGUUGUUAGUACGAGUGAGGGGAAUUUUGUCGAGUAGGAGUUAGUAACCAAAAAAACAGCCUCUAAAUUGAUGCUUGACUGUGCAAGACAAGAGCAGUCUGUAGUUUGCGUCUCAGUACUAUUAAGAAUAUCCGGUUAGCUCGAUUCACUAGAAUUAUAAUCAAAGUGUUUUGAGCUUACAAAAGAUUUAUUUAAUCAAAAACGGUGAAAACGUUUACCAAUUAUGUUGUGAUUAAGACAGUAUAACAAAAUGAAACUAGUUGAAAUAUAUAUAGAGAGAGCAAAGGAUCGCUUCUAAUGUA